CCCUGGCUGCCAGGGUCAAUGUACAACUGCCGUGCCAGCGGCCCACCCAGCGAGUUAAUCAGUGACCGGGGGAGGGGGGGCAGCCUGUGGCCGGCUAUAAGGUCUGGGGGUCGUUAGCUGCGGGGCACUGCCGGACACCUCCCGAGGCAGCCAGGACGUGUGGGCAGCGCUGACCUCAGCCGAGGAGGAUGGAGCCUGGUGCUGUGUUGAUCACGGGCUGCCUUCUUCUCCUCCUCUUCCUCCUCCUCUUCCGAGCCUCGGCGGGCCAGGGCCCUGGGCGCCUCCCCCCGGGGCCAGCCCCCCUGCCCGUGCUGGGGAACCUGACCCAGAACGUCCUCCCGCUCUAUCAGUCCUACCGCCGGCUCUGCCAGGAGUACGGCCCCAUCUUCACUGUCUGGCUGGGCCCGAGCCCCACGGUGGUGCUGUGCGGAUAUGAGGUGGUGCACGACGCCUUGGUGGAACACAGUGAGGAAUUCAGUGGCCGGGCGCCCAUCCCCUUGCAGAGGCAGCUGAACCAGGGGUAUGGAUUAGUUAACACCAACGGCGAGCGCUGGAGGCAACUGCGUCGGUUCACCCUCACCACCCUCCGGAACUUGGGCAUGGGCAAAAGGCUGCUGGAGCAGCGAGUGCAGGAGGAGGCGCAGCACCUCACCCAAGCUGUGGCUAAGAAACAAGGGCGCGCGUUCGACCCGGUGCCUGACCUCACCCGGGCCACCGCCAACGUCAUCUGCUCCAUGGUGAUGGGGACCCGAUUCAGCAGUGAAAACAAGACAUUCCAGGAGCUUCAGUGUCUCAUUAUGUCCUACAUGUGCUACUUCCGCUCCCUCCCAGCACAGCUGUACAAUACCUUCCCGAGUAUCAUGCACUUCCUGCCCGGCCAGCACCAGCGGAUCUUCAGGGAACAGGAGCACCUCAAAGCCUUCAUCCAGGCCCAGGUGGCAUCCCACCGGCACAACCUGGACCCCAGCGCCCCCCGCGACCUCAUCGACUGCUUCCUUCUGCAGCAGGCCCAGGAGCGAGGGAAGGAGCAGACGGAGUUUGAGGAUGAGAACCUGACGGCGCUGGUCAACAACCUGUUCAUCGCCGGCGUGGAGACAACCAGCAACACCAUCCAGUUUGCCUUGCUGGUGCUCGGCAAGUUCCCGGACAUGCAAGCACGGGUACACGGGGAGCUGGACAGAGAGGUGGGCAGGGUCCGGCCCCCUGCCCUGGAGGACCGGCUACGGCUGCCCUACACCAACGCCGUGCUGCAUGAACUCCAGCGCUACGUCGACCUGGUGCCCAUGAGCCUGCCGCAUGCCACCACCCGCCCCACCCCCUUCCGGGGGUACCUCAUCCCGCAGGGUACGACCAUCAUCCCUCUCCUAGCCUCGGUGCACUUCGACCCAGCCAGCUGGGAGACCCCAGAGGAUUUUAACCCAGGUCAUUUCUUAGAUGAGAACGGAGCAUUCAGGAAGAGAGACACGGCCAUGCCCUUCUCUGCAGGGAAGCGUGUGUGUCCCGGGGAAGGGCUGGCCAAGGCAGAGAUCUUCCUGUUUAUAACCACCCUGCUGCAGAGCUUCACCCUGGAGCUGCUCGCGGACCCUGGGGCCAUCGACUUGGCCUCGCUGCGGAGGGCUUUCCGCGGCCAGGGCCUCUCCUAUGAGCUCCGUGCCGUCCCACGCCCAGCGUAGAGCGGGGCAAAGAGGGAAGGAACCAGACCCAGAUGUCUUCCAUGCUGGGGUCAACCUGGAGUCACAUCAGUGCCCUAUGGGCCAGCUCCUGAUCUCAUUUACACUGUGGUGCACAUCUCGAGUAACUCUCCUUUCACACCAAUGCUCCUGGGGCCAGCUCCUGACCUCAUUUACACUGUGGGGUAAAUACUCCACUGACUUCACUGGAGUAGGAGCCAGACUGGAACUGCAGUUACAGGAGAGUGUAAAUAUGGAACCCCUUCCUGGAUGGCGGCGGAGUCACUCCGGAGUGGCUGAGAUCAGAAUCUGCCUUCGUGAAUUCAGAUCUACACACCCAUGAUGCACAAGCCAGCAUGCAGCUGGGCCAUAGUGCUGUGGGGCCCAGCUGUUCAGGGCUGGAUCCUGGACCCCUGAGUUCUAGUCCUGUCCCUACCACUGGCCUGCUUGGGCAAGUCACAUCUCAGUUCUGUGCCUCAGUUUCCCCUCCUUAAUAAUUAACUAACCCCAGUGAUAAUUAACCUUGGCACUGCUGGGCUGUGGUCAGCGCAUUUGAACCUGCUUUUCCUAGUGCUGAAUUCUUCUGGAUGUGUUUCCCCGAGAGCCGUCCUCAGCGCUUGGCCAUGGUUUCUCUGUCUCACGCACGCUGUCUGCCUGUACCUCGCUCGUAGAAAUGCCCUGGGGGUGUUUCUCAGAAUUACAGCUCACUGCGCUU